AUGGCCAGCACGGGCAGGUCAAGGUGGGCCGACACGGAGGCUGAUGCCGAGCUGAAGGCCAGGCUGAAGCAGGAAAAGGAACACAGGCGGCGGAAGAAGGCAGAGAGGGCACUCAAGCUCGACGCGGACAGGCAGGCAGCGCCGUCACCACUGCCGCCGAGCCGAGACCAUGACGGAGAGCCGCCGUCGAAACGCCCGAGGCUCUCACCCGGGGCUGCAGAGCGCGCGUCGCCGGCGGGUUCCGGCGCAGACGAUUCCGGCCCGGUGAAGCUCCUGCGCUUCGAGCAUGCGGGGACCUGGGCCAAGAGCCGAAGCAUCGACGAGUACGACAAGCUGAACGACAUUGAAGAGGGCACGUACGGCUGGGUGACGAGGGGCAUGGAACGCUCGACCGGCCGCGUAGUCGCGCUCAAGCGGCUGAAGCUUGAUCAGUCAGAUCGCAAUGGCCUGCCGGUGACGGGGCUUCGGGAGAUACAGAUACUGCAGAAUUGCAAACACCGAAACAUUGUGCGAUUACAAGAUGUCGUUGUUGGUGAUGACAUGCCGAGAUUGGAUAACUCCAUAUACCUAGUUCUCGAGUUUGUAGAACACGAUCUUAAGGGCAUCCUGGAAGACAUGCCCGAGCCCUUUCUCUUUUCCGAAAUCAAGCAACUCCUCCUUCAAUUGACCACCGGGCUGUCCUAUCUCCACGAUCACUGGCUGCUCCAUCGAGACCUCAAAACGUCCAACCUGCUCCUGAACAACCGAGGCCAGCUCAAGAUUGCCGACUUCGGCAUGGCACGGUACGUCGGCGACCCGUCGCCCAGGCUGACCCAGCUCGUCGUCACGCUGUGGUACCGCGCCCCCGAGCUCCUCUUGGGCACCAGCACGUACGGCGCGGCGAUUGACAUGUGGAGCGUCGGCUGCAUCUUCGGCGAGCUCAUCACGCGGGAGCCCCUGCUUCGCGGCAGCAAUGAGGUGGACCAGAUGGCCAAAAUCUUUGAGCUCUGCGGCGUGCCCACGGACGAUUCGUGGCCGGGCUUCCGGAAGCUCCCAAACGCCCGCAACCUCAAGCUUCCCAAGAACCCCCAGACCACUGGGUCCGUCAUCCGCGCUCGCUUUCCCAACAUGACCACGGCCGGGGCGAGCUUGCUCGACAGUCUCCUGGCCCUGGAUCCGAAUCGGCGUCCCACGGCAAGGGACAUGCUCCAGCACGAGUAUUUCCGCCAGGAUCCCAAGCCGAAGCCGGAGAGCUUGUUUCCCACCUUCCCCAGCAGGGCCGGCCAGGAACGCAGACACAGAAUGGAGCCUGAUGCGCCCAUCCGAGGACAGGCCGUCAGCUUAGGGGACGUGGACCUGAGCGGCAUUUUUCAAGGCCGGAACCAACAAGAGCGGGGGGCAGGCUUCACCUUGCGCAUGGUCUAG